CAUAUUUUUGAUAGUGCAGUUCAAUAAUUCCUGUUCGGACGGAUUGAUUCAGGUUUAUAACCUCAAAAUAAAAAGUAAACAGUAAACAAUAAUCUCCAGAAAAAACUUUAAAAAUGGAUAUUAAAGUACAAUUUGGAGGUGGAGCAGAAUUACUGUUUGAUAAUAAGAAACAUUACGAUAUUAGUCUUCCCAGCAAAGAAAAACCAUGGAUUAUAGGAGAUUUAUUGUUUUGGCUAAAGGAGCAUUUAUUGAAAGAAAGGCCUGAUCUAUUUUUACAAGAUAAUUCUGUGAGGCCCGGCAUUCUAGUACUCAUAAACGAUACUGAUUGGGAACUUAUGGAUACUGUAAACUAUGAAAUUCAAUUAAAUGAUUGUAUAAUGUUUAUAUCUACGCUGCAUGGAGGAUAGGAUAAUUAAAGAAGUGAUACUUAAAAGUUGAUUGAACAUAUUUUUUUUACCAUUGAAAUAUAAUACAUAUAUUAAAUCAAAAAUAUUAUAGAAGAAGUUUGAUUUUAUUAGACUAAACACAUGAAUAUAUUAAUA